AUGAGUUUGCGAGGUGUACAGCUUGGCCUCCGCGCCUGGGAGUUCCUCUGGACGCUUUUGGUCAUGGCCCUUGUCGGCAACAUGAUCGCUGAGGCUUUCGCCGGCAACCCCGGCACGGUGAAUUACGCCAUGUAUACGUCCGCCUUCUCGAUGGUCACACUGUUCUACCUGGUCCCCGCUUCUUGGAAUUCGGACUGGGCGUUCCACCCGAUCAUCAUGAUCGUUGUUGACGCGCUGAACUGCAUCUUCUUUUUCUGUGCGGGAAUUGCGCUCGCUGCAAAGCUGAGAUGCCACUCCUGCAGCAACGAGGCCUACACAUCCACCAACUCGAUCACCAACGGCUCUAACAACCCGGCGAAGCGCUGUCGGGAGGCCCAGGCCGUCGUCGCAUUCUUGUGGUUCGCCUGGGCGGGCUACAUGGCCUCGGUCGUGCUCUCGAUCUUCAUGUCCCGGACCUCGACCAACAUGCGCGGCCGCAGUGGUAGCCGCCGCCGCCCCAACAUGGCCCAGGUCUAA